AUGACUUGCCUAAACAACAUGGCCGGGUGUCCUGGUGUCCCCCACGCACCUGUCUCAAUCGUGGACGCCACUCUAACUCGCGACAACAACGGUCCCUUCACUGCAGUCUACCUUAGCGACACCAAGCUGGCUGCCACCAUUGACUUCCCAGAGGAGGGUAUCUACAUCAUCUACAACAACCGCGCCAUCCAGAUAGCCGGCGCGCCCUGUGAGCACAGAGCCUGUGAGCGUUCUGUCCUCUGCCAGUGCAAGGACAACAACCCAGAUGACGACGCCGCCAAGGCCCCCUUCUUCGCCAACGACUGGGACCAGAUGGAGGACUUCAGGCCCUGUACCGGCUGUCUGCUCAUCUGGUUCCGCCUGGCCAACAUCAAGUACCAGGUCCAGGCCCGUAGCCUCAAGUUCUACGCGAGGCCCAGGACGCUCACCUGUGUCCCCUAUCUCGGAAGCCUCGUCCUCUCCUACGAGGGGGACUCAGAACUCGACCCCUCGCUGGACCUUGCUCCUCAGGAGGGAACCAAAAACGACGACAACAAUGCUCCUCCCUACCUCCUGCCCUGGAUGCUCGAGGCUUGGGAUACCUUCAUCCAGGAUGGCGGCGCCGUGGCCUCCUUGUCCGGCAACGAUUUCGCUCCCCUCACCAGCGCCCACCGCAGCAACCCCAGCGACUCGGACUGGGACUGGCACGAUGCCAAUGAUAGGAACACCACCGAAUCAAGCAACGGAACCAGACGUUCCAUCGCUACCGCUGGCGAGCAUAUCAACGGCUCCCAAGAUUCAGUCGACAACAACAUCAAUGGCAACAACGAUGGUGCCAUGACUGGCGUCGUCCACUAUGGCAACGGGGACAUCAUCCAAGCCCCCAGCCAGGAUCCGCACAGCUACGACGCCUCCUCCCACGUCAACGCGCAAGGCGCCUCUGUCGAAGACUUCGACAUGGCCGUCGACGACGAGGGAGAGGAAACCGACGAGGAAGACGAGUUCGAGGAUGAUGCCGACUACCUCGCCGUACUAAUGGACCCCAUCGACCCCAAGCCUGGCGACCCCGUCGGCCACGCCAUCAAGAAGACCAAGUACUACAACCACAUGGCCGUCAUCAAGCGCGCCUUGGUGGGCCGGGCUCCCACCGGCGCCUACUACGUCCCGGACUUUGCCGACUUUGAGGACUUCGUGACGAUUUACUCCGACGAGGAGGAGGAGGAGGUCCAGCAAGUCCCACAAGAGGUCCCACAAGAGGUCCCGGAGGAGGAAGACGGCGACGCUGAUGAAUGUGUUGCUAACUACGACAUCAUCGACAACGAAGACACCCCCGGCCUGCCCUUCAGCAUCCAGCGCUUCCUCUCUGAGCCCGCGACGCGCCGAUCUCGCAGGCUGCUGCGUCUUCACGCUCACUAA